CAAAUCCAGCUCACUAAACAAAGCGCCAAGCCGAGCCCGAGCCCACCGAAGCAACGCAUCCCCGCUCCCCUCGCCAGCCGCGCCGUCCCCUCCAAAUAGCCCCCCAAAUUCCCCAUCCCAAACACAAACCACGCCAGCCAUGUCGUCCCGCCUCCCCUCGGGCGGCGACCACCGCGGGGCCGACGCGGGCGACGCCGCCCUCGCCCGAGACAUCGUGACUCUCCACAAGGCCCUCUCCCUCGACCCCUCCACCCGCCGCCGCCGCUCCCUCCCGCUCCCCUCUCCGUCCCCCACCGAGCAGGCGCGCCACAAGCCCCGUCUCAGGCCUUCUUCUUCCUCCUCGCGCAAGCUCCUGCCUUCCGCCGCCGCCAACCCCUCGUCCACCUCCACCUCCUCGUCGUCUUCGUCUUCGUUCUGGAAGAAGUCCCUGACCGCCAUCUCGCACAUGGGCCGGCGCCGCCUCGACUGCGCGUUCACGCUGCACGUGCGCUCCGUCGACGGCCUCCCCGCCGUGCUCGACGGGUCCCCGGUCUCCGUCCAGUUCCGCCGGAUGUCCGUGUCCGCGUCCACCCGCCCCGUCGCGGCGGCACUCGGCGCCGCCGCGUUCGAGGAGGCACUGACGCUGCGCUCCCCGGUCUACUUCUCCCGCGGCGCCAAGGCCGCGGUCAAGUACGAGCCCCGGUCCUUCGCCGUCGCCGUCUCCGCCUCUUCGCUCGACCUCGGCAAGCACGAGGUCGACCUCACCCGGCUGCUCCCGCUCUCCUUCGACGAUCUCGAGGACGGCGGCGACUCCGGGUUCGGGAAGUGGAGCACGAGCUUCCGGCUCUCCGGCCCCGCUCGCGGUGGGCGGCUCAACGUCACCUUCUCCUGCUCGCUCGUCAGUGGCGCCGGCGGCGACCAGGACAAGACCGGGACGGUCGCGGGGCUGAGGCGAGGGUCGAUGGCGUGGCCGGUAUCAGUGCAGGCGCCGACGCCAGUGCCAACGCGGAGCAGGGACGUGAGGGUGCUGCACGAGGUGUUGCCGAGCUUGAGGUCUGCAAAGGCGCUGCCUUUUGUUGGUGAUGGGGGUCUUAAUGCGAGGAAGGAGGAGGUGGUGGCAACAUUAGACGACUGCGAGGAGGGAUCGCCAGAAUCGAAGCAUUGCACAUCAGUAGAGGUUAAGAAGGUGGACUUGGUGCAUCCAGAAGGCGAUUGCGACGGUGCGGAGUUUAGUAUUGUUGAACAUGGAGUUGAGGUUGCCUCGGAUGAUCCAGAAAGGCUCAAACAUGUGGAGACUAGCAAUGUGGCCGUUCAAAAGGAGGAAUUUGGGUCUAAAAUUGAUGAAGAGGGAAAGGUCAAACCUGUGGUAGCAAAUGAUGAUCUCACUGAAGAUCAAACUGUUGUAGUGAGGCCAGAAGAGGUGGUUAGUGAUGAUGACCUCGCUGCAGAUCAGGCUAUUGGAGUGAAAUUGGAAGAGGCGGCCAGCAAUGUUGCUCUUCAAAGGAAGAAUGUGGGAGACAAGCUGGCUGAAAUGGCCAAAGCAGUGUCACUGUCUACUGCAGCGCUGGAAGAGGAGGAUCAGUUGGCAACAGAUGCUGAACUGGAGGAUCUGGAGUGUAUAUUUAACCUCUCAAUUGUUGAGCCGGAAGAAUUCAACUCACCAACUGUUGAACAUAAGCUUUCGAGGCGAUUGAGCUGUGUGGGUGUGACUGAUAAUUACAAGUUCACCGGUAGGAAGGGCAGGUCACGCAGCAUGGAUGGUUCAUCUGAUCAUGUUGCUAGCGAGUUCUUGGAUAUGCUUGGGAUAGAGCAUAGUCCAUUUGGGCAAACCUCAGAUGGUGAUUCUGAGUCACCCAGAGAGCGGCUUUGGAAGCAGUUUGAAAGGGAAGCAUUAGCAUCUGGUGAUGUUAUUCUUGGUUUGGACUUCGACGAUGGAAUGGAAGAGCCUAUUUGUGAGGAUGUAGUAGAGGAUUUUGAUCUCUCCGCAAUCAUACGCGAGGCUGAACUUGAGUUUCAGAAUGGAAGUCAGCCCGUAGAUACCAGAUUUCGAGCUAAGUCGCUGGAAGAUGAGGAAACUGAAGUGUUAAUGCGUCAGUUUGGGCUAAACGAGAAGUCCUUCCAAUCUUCUCCGCCUGGAAGUAGAAGUGGGUUUGGUAGCUCCAUUGACAUCCCACCUGAUCAGCCCCUUGAGCUACCACCAUUGGCUGAUGGUUUAGGUCCAUUUAUUCAGACACAAGAUGGGGGAUUUCUGCGGUCAAUGAAUCCAGCCCUGUUCAAAAAUGCAAAGAACAACUGCAGCUUGGUCAUGCAAGCUUCUUCUCCGAUUGUACUGCCAGCUGAGAUGGGCUCUGGGAUUAUGGAUAUAUUGCAUGGUUUGGCCUCGGUUGGAAUUGAAAAGUUAUCAAUGCAGGCCAACAAACUUAUGCCCUUGGAAGAUGUUAAUGGCAAAAUGAUGCAGCAGAUUGCCUGGGAGUCUGCCCCAGCUCUAGAGUCUGCUGAAAGAUAUGACCUAUUGGACAAGCAUAGCAUGGAUGCUUUGGUAGGAGGAGGCAGCAAUGCUUCCCUUGGUAAGAAGAGGUGUGCUGAUCUGUCAUCAUCAUUGGGUGGGGAAAAUGCUUCAGAAUAUGUUUCGCUUGAGGAUCUUGCGCCAUUAGCUAUGGAAAAGAUUGAAGCCCUUUCUAUUGAGGGUUUGCGGAUACAAUCUGGCAUGUCAGAAGAAGAGGCACCCUCAAAUAUCAGUGCUCAGCCUGUUGGGGAAUUUUCAUCCUUGCAAGGAAAGUCUGCAGAGAAUACCUGGUCCCUUGGUUUAGAGGGAACUGCAGGCUUGCAGCUUCUGGAUGUUAAGCAAACUGGAGAUGAAGUUGACGGUUUAAUGGGCUUGUCAAUCACUCUAGAUGAGUGGAUGAGGCUUGAUUCUGGGGUAGUGGAUGAAGAGGGCCAAUACAGCGACCAGACAUUGAAGAUACUUGCUGCCCACCAUGCUAAAUCAGUGGAGUUAGUUGCUGAAAGCCGGAGUGGAGACAAAAAGAGCAGGAGAUCUGGUAGAAGAUGGGGUUUGUUAGGGAACAACUUCACUGUUGCUCUCAUGGUUCAACUGCGUGACCCGCUACGGAACUACGAUCCAGUUGGCACUCCUAUGCUUGCUUUAAUUCAAGUGGAAAGGGUUUUUGUACCCCCAAAACCCAAGAUCUACACUACAAUCUCAAACAAAGGCAACAGUGAGCAAGAUGAUGAAGAACCCGAGACUGAAGAGUUUCCAGAUAAGGCAUUGGUCACGGAAGAUAAGGUUGAGGAAUUCGAAGAUUCCGUUCCUCAGUUCAAGGUUACAGAAGUGCAUGUUGCUGGUUUCAAGAGUGAACCUGAGAAGACAAAACCAUGGGGUAAUCAAACGCAGCAGCAGUCUGGAUCAAGGUGGCUGCUUGCAGCUGGCAUGGGCAAGGGCAAUAAGCAUCCUCUGAUGAAAUCCAAAGCUAUUUCAAAGCCAACCAAAGAGGCAGCUAUUCAGGCAGGAGACACCCUCUGGAGCAUUUCGUCGCGCAUUCAUGGAGCAGGGACCAGAUGGGGCGAGCUAGCAGGACCUAAGAAUCAUUCGCGGAACCCAAAUAUCGUCCUCCAAAAGGGCAAAAGAUUUCUUUGAUGGCUUGGUGAUUCAGUAGUUAGCACUUAGAUAGGUCUCUCUGGUAAGGUGGGUGCUUAUUUAUCUGCAAUCGGACGUUGCCGGAAAUGUUCCUAUUGGAUUGUUAAAUCAUGUACAUUGAGUUCUUUUGCAUACUGAAGUACUGAACCAUCUAGGACCAGUCCUUUUUAUAUGCUUGCAGUGGGUUGUGUUCCUUCUGAACUCCCUUGGGCUCAACGGUACAGAGAAACUGUUGUUUCUCUGAUCGCAACUCACAAUUAAAAGAUCGGUUUCUGCC